AUGGCCAUCGCGACACAACCCCAUUUUUCCUUUCGGGCCAUCGCUUUAGUCUUCCUCCUCUUUCCACUAGCAGCCUUUGCAGAUGAAGGGACUGCAACAUUCUACACACCUCCUUACGUUCCUUCUGCUUGUAAUGGAUAUAAUGAUGAUGGUGUGAUGAUUGCGGCUGCAAGUGAUGCAAUCUGGGACAAUGGUGGUGCAUGUGGAACAAGGUAUAGUGUCAUUUGCCUUAGUGGGACCAACCUGGGCGAGCCCCACCCCUGCAACGGCAACUCGGUCAUUGUGACGAUUGUCGAGUACUGCCCGCCACCUGGAUGCCGAGGCACUCUCGACUUAUCACAGGAAGCUUUUUCCUCCAUUGCCAAUCCGGAUGCUGGCAAAAUAAACAUAAACUUUGAGAGUAUGCAUGCACAAUUUGAUCCACCAUCGCCACAACCUGCUGCAACCACACCACCAAUGCCCACACCAACUGUAAUGUAUCCACCACAAGCCACACUCAUCGUCAACACACCUGAUUCAACCACUACGUACCUCCAUUACCAUGCCCAUUGA